AUGACAUAUCUAACACAACUUAUUACCACGACCCUAUUGUCUUUAUUAAACCGUAUUACCAAACCCCGUCCGUUCCCGCUAUUUCCAUCUUACCCUUUUUUCUCUGAGGAGGAGGUUAUUAACGCCACCGCCCCUCCCGCUCCUAUCUCCCAGCCCACCCCCUCAACCAAAUCCUCUCCCGCCCCGCCCGACAAUAACAUCGUCCCUACUACCCUCCCUAUCGCUAAUAAGAAGCCCGCCGCCUACAAGCCUACCCCCGACCCCUUAACCCCGGCGGCCCGUAUUACCGCUACUGAAAAGCAGUAUAUUAAUACUAAACGUAGCUAUAGCCGGGCUAAAGCUAAGUACGAAAAGGCGGAAGCUCGGUUAACGGCGGGAAAGAAGAAGGGCAAGAAGGAGGACGAAGAUGAGGAUAAGGAUAAAGACAAGAAAAAGGAUAACAAUAACGAGAAGAAGAAGAAGAAGAAUAAAACGCGGAAUAUAACGACUAAGGAAAAGAAGGAAUAG